AUGAAAUCCCCGAUCCCCGACUACCUCAACCGCGUCCUCGAGAAUGCGCGCCCCAACGAAGCCGGUGCGCCAGCGGGCUACAUUGACGUGCUAGCCAAAGCAGACACGUCCAAAAUGGCCGUCGCUCUCGCCAUGGUAGACGGGAACCUCUACUCGGCAGGCGACGACCGCGUCGAGUUCUCCAUCCAGUCCAUUUCCAAAGCCUUUGUCUACGCCCUCGCCAUUGAGGAUGCAGGCCUCCCCGCCGUGCUCGAGAAAAUCGGCGUCGAGCCCUCGGGCGACGCCUUCAACCGCCUCUCCCUCGAGCGAGGCUCCAACCGGCCCAUGAACCCCAUGAUCAACGCCGGCGCCAUCACAGCACACUCUCUCGUCGUAUCCCCUUCCGCAACACUGGAACAGCGCACGGAACGCAUCCUCUCCGCCCUCUCGCGCCUCGCGGGCCGGCAGCUCCACGUAGACGAAGAAGUCUACGAAGCGGAACUCAAGGACGCAGACCGGAACAUGGGCAUCGGCUACAUGCUCAAAGCAGCCGGCAUCAUCACCUGCGACCCGCGCGAGGCCGUGAAAGGAUACAUUCGCCAAUGCUCCAUCAGCGUCAACGUCCGCGACCUAGCCGUCAUGGCAGCCACGCUCUCCAACGGCGGCGUGCAGCCCCUCACAGGCGAAUCCGUCAUCCCGCAGACCAGCGUCCGGCAGGUUCUUUCAGUGAUGACCACGUGCGGCAUGUACGACGCCGCAGGCGACUGGGUCUCCAACGUCGGCAUCCCCGCCAAAUCCGGCGUCGCGGGCGGCAUUAUAGGCGCGUUACCCGGCCAAGUUGGCCUCGCUUCCUUCUCGCCGAAACUCGAUGAACGGGGGAACAGUGUGCGCGGCGUAGCCAUGUGCGAGCAGCUCUCGCGCGACAUGGGACUGCACAUGAUGGACGUGAGCCAAAUCGCCAGCGCGACGGUACGGACGUCGGUAGCGACCAUCGUCGCGGGCGCACACGAGCCGCAUAACCCAAACUGCCAGCGUGAAGUCGUCAUCUUCAGCCUGCGCGGGGCGGUGCGGUUCGCCGGGUCCGAGAGGUUGACGAGGGCGUUGGCGCGAGAGCUGGGGUCGCCUGAUCCGGAGGACCCGGGUUCGGGGAGGCAUGAGAAGGCGUGUGCGGUUGUGUUUUCGUUUCGGGGUGCGUAUUCGCUAAAUGCGAUUGCGCGGCGGAUCGUACAUGAGGAUAUUCGGCGGUUGUUGCUGGAUGAGAGGAGUGUUGUGGUGGUUGAUCCGAACGGGGUGUUGGGGAUGGAGGUUGAUGUGGACGGGGAGAAGCCGUUUCCGCAUGUUUUCACGUCGGAGACGGAGGCGAGGGAUUUCAUUGGCGGGGUGGGCUGUCAGACUGUUUUUAAGGAGAAUAACUGGUGA